AAACACCUCAUAACCUCAAAGAUUGAGAGCUUCCGAGGAACGUUUUCCCGGGAAAUCCGCGAAUUCUCACAGAAAUGUCUUCAGGACUGGAAUCCUACAUAAACAACACGGUUUCUAUCAUCACCUCUGACGGGAGGAAUUUUGUGGGGACCCUCAAAGGCUUUGACCAAACCAUCAAUGUGAUCCUGGACGAGUCGCACGAGAGAGUAUUCUCAACAACCAAUGGGAUAGAGCAAGUUGUACUGGGUCUGCACAUCAUUCGGGGCGAUAAUAUUGCAGUAAUUGGCCAAAUCGAUGACUCCAUCGACAGCCGGCUGGACUUCUCCUCAAUCCGAGGCGAGCCUCUGGGCCCCGUGGUGCACUAGACACACCAGUGGUUACACAAAACCUCGCCUCUAUUUCCACACAUACACAAAUUACAUCAAUAUUCGGCACUACAAUGGUGGAAAAUGUGUCUAGAAAAAAUCAGAUCUGCCCGGACACGAUUCCAGCACCCAGGAUAGUCACCGAGGAUCUCAAUGGAGGACGGACAACUAAACAAGUAUGGAUACUGUAAAUAAAUACUGCGAUCAGGAA